AGGGGUCUGGCGGAUGUGCUUAGUGGUCCGCUCAACUAUGUGGAUGCCGUCCAUUCCGCCAAGAGGUUUUCGUGUCUUGCGCCCGCCCCACUUUGUGUUGUCACCCGCUGAUGGACGCUCCAGUUAGCCUACAGGCUGUUUCCGGCAGGGGGUGUCCCGUCCUCUUAACUUUGUUACUCUGGGAGCCAUUGGGGUGGGCCGGGCGCUGAGUGCGGCGGCUCCUCUUCCGGCGGCGAUUGGCUGGCGCGGGCUGACGUCACACAGGGGCUCCGCUGCCAGUUCGUAGACGUCCGAGUGGGACGGGUCCAAGGGUCUUUUUCCUCCGCAGAACCAGUGCGGAGGGAGGAGGCGCGAAGUCUUUAGCGUGGGUCAAAGAAACUGUCAAUGGAUUAUGGAAAGACCUUCCAUAAUUCAGCUGUUAGGACUAAAGACUCUCAAAACUUUUGGUCAUCAUCCCUGCCAGCGCAAAAAAAGAAAAAAAUUUUGGUCAUCAUCUUCACAUCCUGUACGUUUUGAAAUGGAUACUUCUUAUGAAAAAUUAGAAAGCAUGUCAGAAUCAGAUGCCAUGAAUGUCAGUGGUCUUUCUCAAGACUUUUAUCACUUAGAUUCUUCCUUAUGUAUUGAAGUCAGCCAUAUCACCUCAGACUUGCCUCAGAAUGAAACAAAGAAUCUAAAAAGGGAAAAUGGAUCUACACCCUCACUUUCUGAAGAUAUUUAUAGCAUUCAGGACAAUGUGUUGGGUGAUACCAACAUUGGAGAUUACUCACAGAAUGUGCAGAUUCAGCCAAUAAAUACCAGCAUUUCUUCUUUGAGACAAUUUGAACCCAUUUGCAAAUUUCACUGGAUAGAAGCAUUUGGUGAUGAAAUGACAACGUUUCAAAACCUUGUGGAAGAUGUUUCUUGCCCAGAGAAGUCAGAAUUGCAAAACCAUGGGUGUAAUUAUGCAAAAGAGACCAAUAUUAUGCAAGAUUCAUUUAAGGAAGAAAAUGCAAUAGAAACUAUUACUUCUACAAACAAAGACCAACUUGCUCAUGAGUGUGUCAGACAAUCUCCUAGAAGUCCAUCUCUAACCUACUGCAAUGGAGAGACACUGCAAUUCACAGAAAACUCACUGGAUAAAAAUCCUCUCUUGGAAUCUGCCCUCAAGCCUACUCAACCUCAAAGCAUUUUAGAUAAAGAAAGUAUUCCCAGAAAUGUUGAAAAUGCAUCUUAUAGUGAGAAUAGCUUUGCCCUGCUUGAUCUGAGAGUUAAUUAUAAAACAGAAGCGAUUGAAGUGUCUUCAAAAGAAAUACAGAAUUCCAGAGAAAUUCCUCAGAUGUCAGUCAAUCACCAGGAGGAAGUCAUAGAAGAGGGUGUGGAAAGCCUAGAGAUUGCCUCAACUUGGUCUCCAGCAGCCGUCUCCAGGAGUAGAGGAGCAUCUCAGAAUUGCAUGCUGCCUGACAUGGGGCAAAGCCUUGAAAGUUUACCUCUGGAAGAGGACAUGGCUUUAAACGAAGUCUUACAGAAAUUAAAGCAUACUAACAGAAAGCAGCAAAUGCAGAUCCAAGACCUCCAGUGUAGGAAUGUGCAUUUGGAGAAGAAGAUUAAAGAACUACAGGUGAAGAUCACCAAAAAGCACGUGUUUGUUGACAUCAUAAAUAAACUAAAGGAGAAUAUUGAAGAAUUAAUUGAAGACAAAUAUAACAUAAUCCUAGAAAAGAAUGGUAUUAACAAGAAAUUGCAGAAUUUGCAAGAGAUUUUAGCUAAUGCCCAUAAACACCAUCAGGAAUCCAGGAAAGAAAAGGAAACCUUACAGAUCCAACUUAAAAAGCUCAAGGUCAAUUGCAUUCGUUUACAGGAAAGGUACAUUACUGAAAUGCAACAAAAAACCAUAUCUGUAAAUCAGUGUAUAGAGAUGGACAAAACUUUGUGCAAGAAAGAAGAAGAGAUAGAAAGGCUGCAGCAACUCAAAGAAGAAUUGGAGACGGCCACCACCUCUGCUUUGGACUUGUUGAAAAGAGAAAAAGAGGCGGAACAAGAGUUCUUGUCUUUACAGGAGGAAUUUCAGAAACAUGAAAAGGAAAACUUGAAAGAAAGACGGAAAUUGAAAUCAAAAGUUGAGAAAUUGAUCGCUCAAGUUAAAAAUUUGUUACUCACAUGUGAAAAUGAAAGGGCUAAGAAUACAAAACUUCAGCAGCAGAUAGACGAAGUGAAAAAUGAAAAUGCAGAACUUCAGCAUCAGCAUCAGGUUGUAAGGAAUGAGGAGCAAAAUUGUGUCCCUAAGUUUGAGAUAUCUCAGUUUAAGGAGCAAUUAGAGGAAGUAAUGGAGCCAUAUGUUACCAAGGGUACAAAGAGGAUGCAUUCUAAUUUGCUCCUGAAUUGCUCACCUUGUGAAGAAAACAGCUUGAGUCCUCCUGCUGUGAAGAAAACUCAGCUGACCUCCAGAAUUCAGAGUCUUCUGGCUCUGGUGGUAGGACUUCUUACAUGUCAGGACAUCACCAAUUGCGAUGCUGAACAUUUCAAAGAAAGUGAAAAAGCUAGUGACAUAAUGCUGCAAAAAUUGAAGAGUUUUCAGCUUAGGAAGAAAGAUUUAGAUAAAGAGCUACUGAAGCAUAAAGACAGAAUUACAAUGCUUAGAGAAUUAAUUGCUAAUGAAAAAGCAUUUCAAGAUCACAUGUUUGAGGUCACAGAUUUUGAUUCAAAUGAAGCCAAGAAUGUCAGAGAUGUACCUGUCUUACUGGCAGCCAAACUGGAUAAGUACCACAAUCUAAAUGAGGAGCUUGAUUUCUUGAUUACAAAAUUGGGAAGUCUUCUAGAGUCAAAAGAAGACCACUGCCAGAGACUCAUUGAAGAGAAUGACAAGUAUCAAAGACAUGUAGGCAGCUUAAUAAAUAAGGUAACAUCAUACGAAGAAAUUAUCAAAUGUGCUGACCAAAGGCUUGAAAUAUCUCAUUCUCAGAUUGCAUAUUUAGAAGAAAGAAAUAAACAUUUGGAAGAUUUAAUUAGAACACCCAGAGAGAAAGCCAGGAAACCAAGAUCAAGAUUAGAAAAUCAGUCAAAGUCCAUGACUUUGGUAGGUCCUCUUGAUGGUGAUUUUAAAAAAUGUUCUAUUUCUAUGUGA